CUCUCUCUCUCUCUCUCUCUGUGUGUUAGGGGUACAGCUCUCACUCCAGUGUGUCAUUCAGGCAGAAAGUGAUGCUGGUGGAUCUGAUGGUUUCAUUUGUGUUGGAUAUUUGUUGAGCUUGUAUGAGUUGCUGCAGGGUUGGGUGUGUUUACGUGAAGGUGGUUUAAGGCGGGACUUAACUCACUGAGAGGCGGCUUAUUGGCCCCGAACCCAUGAUGGACAGGCCGUGUGAUGGCCGUUUCACGCUGCUCUUGAUGUUCUUGGGUCCAAUAAUCACAGCACUGGAAGUCCCACUCGACCCUAAACUUCUGGAAGAAUUACCACAGCCUCCCACCAUCAUUCAUCAAUCUCCAAAAGAUUUCAUCAUUGACCCGCGGGACAACGUCAUCAUCCACUGUGAGGCUAAAGGCAAACCUCACCCCAGAUUCUCAUGGACUCGAAACGGGACGCAUUUCGACAUCGAUAAAGACCCCAAGGUCAUAAUGAAGCCUCGUUCAGGAACGCUGGUGAUUGACAUCAGUGGAGAGAAAGCCGAGGCGUACGAGGGAGUUUAUCAGUGUACCGCUCGCAAUGAGCUCGGCACCGCCGUCUCCAACAACAUUAUCAUCCGACAGUCCAGAUCACCACUGUGGUCUAAAGAGAGAAUUCAUCCAAUCAUGGCACAGGAAGGACAAUCAUUAAUUCUUCAGUGCCGUCCACCCGCUGGACUCCCCGCACCCAUUAUAUUCUGGAUGGACAACAAUUUUCAGCGUCUUCCUCAGAGUCGGAGAGUUUCUCAGGGUCUCAAUGGCGAUCUGUACUUCUCUAACGUCCAGAGAGAAGAUUCCCGAAACGACUACAUCUGUUACGCUCGAUUCCCACACACGCAGACCAUCCAGCAGAAGCAGCCCAUCAGCGUCCGUGUGGUGAACAUGGAUUCAAUCAAUGACACAAUGGAUGCUUUUUUCAAUGAAACUGAUUUGUUUGGUGAUAAACCGGAUGAGCAGAGAGCGCCCACAUUCAUGGUACCGACGGACUCUGACAGCACUAAACUGGUUCUGAGAGGACAGACGUUAGAGAUGGAGUGUAUCGCAGACGGCCUCCCCACUCCUGAGAUCUCGUGGAAUAAACUCAGCGGUGAGAUUCCCAGCGCCCGCGCUUCUUUCCUGAACUUUCAUAAGACUCUGAGGAUAAGAGACGUUUCAGAAGCGGAUGCGGGGGAAUAUCGCUGUACGGCCACAAACCGUCACGGCAGCGUACAUCACACCAUCAGAGUGACCGUUAAAGCUGCUCCGUACUGGAUCAGUGCUCCCAGGAAUCUUGUUCUGGCUCCACUGGAUUCGGGUGUGAUUACCUGCCGGGCAGGAGGUCACCCAAAACCCACCAUCAGCUGGUCUAUGAAUGGAGUCCCAAUAGAGAAUGCUCCUCAAGAUCCCAGCAGGACGGUGGAAGAUGACAUGAUCAUAUUUUCAGAGGUUCAGACUGAUUCCAGUGCAGUUUAUCAGUGUAAUGCUUCUAAUGAUUAUGGAUAUUUACUGGCCAACGCCUUCAUUAAUGUACUGGCCGAGCCCCCCAGAGUUCUGACCCCUCCUAAUAAAGUUUAUCAGGUCAUCAUGAACAGACCUGCACUGCUGGAGUGUGUCAGCUUCGGUUCCCCCAGACCAACCAUCACAUGGUUUAAAGAGAGCCGCUCCAGCACUUUAGAAGGAGACCCGUAUGUGUUUCACCUGAACGGUACGCUGGAGAUCCACGUGUCUCAGACACAGAACAGUGGUAAAUACACCUGCGUCGCCAGCAACUCACUGGGCAUCUCUGAGAAUCAUGUGUACCUGGAGGUCAAAGAGCCCACACGAAUCUUAAAACCGCCCGAGUACAGAGUGAUCCAGAGAAACAGAGAUGUUGUGUUUGAGUGUAAAGUGAAGCACGAUCCGUCUCUCGUACCCAUUACCAUCUGGCUGAAGGACAACGGAGAUCUUCCUGAUGAUGACAGAUUCAGGGUGGAUUCAGACCGUCUGACCAUCACAGACGUGACGGAGGAUGAUGCCGGUUUGUACACGUGUGUCAUAAACACCACACUGGACGAGGACUCAGCCAGCGCUUUCCUUACUGUAGUUGAGGCCACACCCACUCCUUCUGUGAUUUACGAGAAGCCAGACGCACCCACAGAUCUUGAACUGACUGAUCAUAACUCCAGGAGCGUUCAGCUGACCUGGACACCCGGAGAUGAACACAGCAGUCCCAUCAAGAAGUUUCUGAUUCAGUAUGAAGAUGGUCUUCAUCAGGGUGGAGUUUGGCACAAUCUGACAGAGGUUCCUGGGACGAAGACCACGGCUCAUCUGAAACUCUCUCCAUAUAUCCACUAUAGUUUCAGAGUACUGGCACUCAAUGAUGUGGGUUACAGUCGGCCCAGCGUUCCCUCUCACCAGUAUAAAACCAGUCCUGCAGCUCCUGAUGAGAACCCCACUGAUGUGAAAGCCAUGGGCACAGAACACAACAAUCUGCUCAUAUCAUGGAAGCCCCUGUCGCAUCUGCAGUCAAACGGUCCUGGACUUCAGUAUAAAGUCAUGUGGCGUCAGCAGGACGUGGAGACAGAAUGGACAUCGGUCACUGUUGCAAACGUUGCAAAAUUUUUGGUGUCAGGGACGCCCACUUUUGUUCCCUACGAGGUGAUGGUUCAAGCAGUAAACGAUUACGGUGACGGACCCAAACCUGCAGUGGUUAUUGGAUAUUCAGGCGAGGACUUUCCUUCAGCCGCACCAGAUAAUGUCAAGGUUCAGGCGUUGAACAGCACGCUGGCAGAGGUCCAAUGGACGCCGGUUCCUCCUAAAUCUGUGCGAGGUCGACUUCGGGGGUACAAGAUUCAUUAUCGGUGUGAGAGGAGUCCACACAGACACCACGCUCAUCAUUGUGACCAGAUGACUGAGAUCUUCAAUCCUAACAAAACCAGAGGAAAACUACCUAACCUGCAUCCGUACAGCGUCUAUAGUCUUUCUGUGACGGCGUUUAAUGUAAAAGGAGAAGGUCCUGUCAGCUCACCCCAUCACUUUGAAACCCCUGAGGGAGUUCCUGGUUUUCCGUCGUUCUUCCGGGUCGUGGGUUCAGAUUUUGACUCUUUGACGCUGGAGUGGGGUCCACCGCACCACAGGAACGGACAUCUCACUGGAUACUCGCUCAAAUAUCAGACAGUGAACAGCAGUGCUGAUGUGGGUGUGUUAGAGGAGCUGGAGCUUUCGUCCAAUCACAGCAGCGUAACACUACAUAACCUGAAACACAGCACACGAUACAAGUUUUACAUCAGUGCCAAAACCGUGAAAGGCUCCGGUCCGGCCCUCACAGAGGAGGCGCUCACCAUCAUUCAGAAAGCACUGCCUGACGCUCCUGCGUUUGGGAAUAUGAGCUCAUCUCUGUGCCAGGACGGAACGUUAAUCAGUUGGGAAUACUGGGGCGCAGAAAAUCAUCUUUAUGUUGAAUAUGUUGUAGACAACAGUGAAGACGACUGGCAGAAAGAGAAAGUCAAUGGAUCUCACUUUCACGUUCUUAAGGGUUUGAAAGAAGGUUUGACCUACAAAGUACGAAUAUUUGCCAGAGGUCAUGACAAUCAAACGCUUCAUCAUUCUGAAGAGAUGUUGGUUAAGGUCCCAGCGAUGGUGAGUCCUCAGGUGGACAUCGCCACUCAGGGUUGGUUCAUCGGUCUGAUGUCUGCUAUCGCUUUACUGAUUCUCAUUCUCCUCAUCAUCUGCUUCAUCAAGAGAAACAAAGGCGGGAAAUAUCCAGUGAAAGAGAAAGAAGACGCUCAUGGAGAUCCUGAGAUUCAGCCCAUGAAGGAAGAUGAGUUAACGUUUGGCGAGUACAGUGAUGAGGACCAUAAACCCUUAAAAGGAAGCCGAACGCCCUCCACCGGCACGGUAAAGCGAGAUGAAAGUGAUGAGAGUUUAGUUGACUCAGGAGACACACAGUUCAAUGAAGACGGCUCAUUUAUUGGACAGUAUAGCGGGAGAUCUGAGCGAGGUACACAUGAGAGCUCAGAGCCGCCGUCUCCUGUUAAUGCCAUGAACUCAUUUGUGUGAGCGUUUGGACUCUGUUAUGUUUUAUAUAUGAACAGUCAAAUAAAUGAACUCGAGUUGCGGACGACUUUCAUAUAAGCCAAACCAUGACACAGCUAAAAUCAGUUUCAGCAAACGCUAACUUAUAUAUCCAUGCAUGAAGACGUGAAUCAAUUAUUGAAGAGAGAAAUAUUAUGAGAGGAGAAACCCUGACGCUCUUCAGAAAUUAUUUUCUAGUAUUAUCUGGGUUUUACUUUAUGGACAAACGGCUCUACGUAAACUUUCAGGACACUUUUGCAUUUUUUAUUGUGUGAUUAUAAGAGCUAGUAUUAUAAAGUUUAUUCACAAGACUCUGAAAGAUGCCUGCAGUGACUGUAGAUAAAUGUGGACAGGUUUUAUUGCCCUGUCACCUUUAGAUUCUUCCUCACAUGCAUGAACUUCACACAGCAUCAUCAUCAUCAUCAUCUGACCUGCAUGUGAACGUCAACCGUUUCCAUAUCAACCCAAACCAUGACCUCUGCUGUGUCUGUGAGGAACGUGAAAGAUCAGAAUUGUAAUUGUCUUGUCAAUUCAAACUUUUUAAUGCAUUUGUGUGUGAGAGAGAGAGAGAUUAUGAUUUUUUUCGUAACUUGCAUCAAGUUUGAUUUUUAAAUGUAAGGUUUUUGUAUAAAGAUUUUGUUAUCUUUGUAAAUAAAAUAAGAGUUUGUUUGGCUUUAGGCUGUGAGGUUAUUGAAAGUAAAUCUGUGAUUGUGUUGCUCACUUUGAUUUUGCUGUAUUAUUCUGACAGUUGUUUUAUUUUCAUAUUUACACUGGGAUGUUUUAUUGAUAUGACAUUGAGUCUGCAGGAUAAUAUGCUAUGCUAUACCCAUACAGAGUAAGAAGACUGUAUAGCUCUGAUAUUUAUGAUAAUUGCAUUAUGAGUAUAAAUGAUUAUUGUAAAGGGAUUUUAAACUGACUAACUACAUUUCUCAUUGUAUUAAAGUGGCUUCACUGGAGAGUUGGAGGUUAUAUUUCAGCCAAUCUAAAUAUAAUAAUCAAUCAAUAAAUGUCAUUAUUAUAUA